AAACGCUCCUCCCGAGAGAUGCGGAAGUCGAGCGAGGAAAAUAAAACAAGUAAAAGAAGCUGCCGUGGUUCCGUGAAUCCAGUCCGUACCGACGCUACCAAGAGGCAACACUCGAGUGGUGGCCACGUGUUUGGAGGAGAUGGACCGGGAUCAGAACCAGGACCAGGAGAUGGACCGGGGUCAGAACCAGGACCAGGACCGGGAGUCCAGCAGGACCAAAGCGGACUCUUCCUCCGCUGGUCUGCAGAAACAUAAAGCCAAAGAGAGAACCACAAGUUACUGCUGUGAUAGGAGUGAUAAAGUCCUCACCACUUCACCAGGUCUGAAGGUCCGAAAGAGGAUUCAUACUGAAGAGAAGCUGUACACCUGUGAACAGUGUGGGAAAGCUUUUACCAAAUCAAGUUGUUUAAAGAUUCAUCGGCGUAUCCACACUGGAGAAAAGCCGUACAAAUGUGAUCAGUGUGGGGCAGCUUUUACCCAAAAAGGUAAUCUAAAGAGUCAUCAGCGUUUUCACACUGGAGAUAAGCCUUACAGAUGCGAUCAGUGUGAGGCAGCUUUUACCAUGUCAGGUCAUCUAAGGAAUCAUCAGCGUAUUCACACUGGAGAUAAGCCUUACAGAUGCGAUCAGUGUGAGGCAGCUUUUACCCUACAAGAUGGUCUAAGGAGUCAUCAGCGUAUUCACACGGGGAAUAAACCUUACAGAUGUGAUCAGUGUGGGGCAGCUUUUACCACACAAGUUGGUCUAAGGGGUCAUCAGCGUAUUCACACUGGAUUUAAGCCCUACAGAUGUGAUCAGUGUGAGGCAGCUUUUACCCUACAUGGUAGUCUAAGGAGUCAUCAGCGUAUUCACACUGGAGAGAAGCCUUACAUAUGUGAUCAAUGUGGGGCAGCUUUUACCAUGUCAUGUAAUCUAAAGCAUCAUCAGCGUAUUCACACUGGAGAGAAGCCUUACAGCUGUGAUCAGUGUGGGGCAGCUUUUACCGAACAAGGUAGUCUAAGGAGUCAUCAGCGUAUUCACACUGGAGAGAAGCCUUACAUAUGUGAUCAAUGUGGGGCAGCUUUUACCAUAUCCAGUAGUCUAAAGCGCCAUCAGCGUAUUCACACUGGAGAGAAGCCUUACAGCUGUGAUCAGUGUGGGGCAGCUUUUACCGAACAAGGUAGUCUAAGGAUUCAUCAGCGUAUUCACACUGGAGAGAAGCCUUACAUAUGUGAUCAAUGUGGGGCAGCUUUUACCAUGUCACGUAGUCUAAAGCGUCAUCAGUGUAUUCACACUGGAUAAAAAAUUGUCGGUUAUCAGUGUGGGGCAGCUUUUACUCAGAGAGCUCAGUUAAAGGUACCAAUUUAGACAUGAAAUCCGGAGUUUUGUUUUUAGUUUCAACUGUAAAAAAAUGUUUUUAUCUUACCGUAUUUUCACGACCAUAAGGCGCAUAUUCUUCUUUUAUAGUCUUUUUUUCGGAUGUAGUUGAAGCCACCAUGAGAACGACCAGGUGAUUUCAUGAAUCACCAUCGCUGUUGAUCUGUGACUCUAUGCGUGACCAUCUCACAGCCGAUGUGGAAAAAGAAGUGAAACAAAUGAACGCUGCGCUUGCUGAUAAUCUGGGAGGUGUCAGGACUCAGCCCGUCGGGCUUCAUCUGCAGCCUGAUUGCGCUGAGACCAGGAUAACUGUUAGAGAGUAUGGUUACUGUUAUAUAUAUAUUUUUUAAUAAAUAACAGUAACCAUACUCUCUAGCGUAGCCAGGACACACAAGCUGUUGGCAGUCCCUCUAUUUAACUCCCAUAAACGAAUGAACUAAUACGGUGCGGCGUAUUUGUGUGUUAAAUACAGUAAUGGCACACAUAACUGAUACUGCGCCUUUUUUAUACGGAGUGCCGUAUGGUCGUGAAAAUACGGUAAAUUUGACUUUUCACCAGUUUAUGUUUCAUUGUUAUGCAUCUAGAAAGACAUUUAAAUAAGUUAUUUGUUUGCCUGCUGGAUUUCAGUUUCCUGCUCACUGCAAACUCACAACAAGACUGUAAGAGUAUUAGAAAAGAGACACAGUAGUGCGUUUUUCAUGUGGUUUUUAUCACCAUAUGUACUAUGGGGCGGCAGCAGCUCAGGUGGUAGAGCAGGUCGUCCAAAGAUCAGAAGGUCGGCGGUUCGAAUCCCGCUCCGUCCCAGUUGCUGUCGUAGUGU